ACUCCGUAUUAAAUUAAAAAACUGUAUUGACAGUGGAGCUCUAAAUCUAUCCUGCUCUCUCUUCUUAUCUCUUUUUCUUUCUCUUUCUCUCUCUUAAAUUGAGUUGAAUAUUUUGAUUGUGAUAUCAAACAUGAACAUCCAGAUUAAUUCAUUGGCAACCGACUUCAAUUCAAUUCCUAUAAUAGAUAUCAGUCCUCUAGUUGAAAAAUUUGAUGAUGCAAACAUACAUCGUGAUGCUGGUGUAUGCGAAGUUGUUACACAGUUGGAUAAAGCUUGUAGAGAGGCUGGACUUUUCUACUUGAAAGGUCACGGCAUCCCAGAUUCUGUUUUAAAGGAAGCUAGAGAUGUCAUACACGAGUUUUUCCAUAUGCCUCUUGAAGAAAAAAUCAAAAUCAAGUUAUCUAUGACGACUGGAUGCAGAGGAUAUCAAGAAGUUGAAGAAAAUUUUACCAAGGGUCUUCCCGAUGUCCAGGAAGCUAUUGAUUUCUACAAAGAAUUUGCAUAUGGAAUGUACGGAGAUAUGGGAAAGCUAUUGGAAGGGCCUAAUUUGUGGCCAUCUAAUCCUCAAAACUUUGAAGAAGUGUUGAAGCAAUAUAUUGACCACUGCACAGUACUUUCUAGAAAGAUUAUGCGAGGCAUUGCUUUGGCUUUGGGUGGGUCAGUCGACGAGUUUGAAGGUCAUAUAGCUAGUAAUCCAUUUUGGGUUAUGCGGUUGAUUGGUUAUCCUAUGGUCUCUAAGCAAAAUGGCCACGCUCACACACAAAGCAUUGGAUGUGGAGCUCACACUGAUUAUGGUCUUUUGACACUGCUUAAUCAAGAUGAAAGUAUUUCAGCUCUGGAGGUUAUGAACAAGUCAGGAGAGUGGAUUUCCGUUCCUCCGAUUCAUGGUACAUCUAUAUGCAUUAUUGGUGAUAUGUUGAAGAUUUUGUCUAAUGGAUUGUACGAGGCCGCUCUACAUCGAGUUAUCAAUGUAUCUCAACAAUAUCGUGUUAGUGCAGUUUACUUCUAUGAGCCUAAUUAUGAUGCUACGAUUGAGCCAUUGGAUAUCUGCGUACAAAAAACUGGCGGAAUAAAGAAACUUGGGCCAGCUAUUUAUGGAGAGCAUCUUGUUAGUAAAGUGAGAAAUACUUUUCGAUUUUGACCAACUUUGUGAUAUGAGAUAACUUAAAUGAAGCCACAUUUGUCACAUUGGAGACAUGCAUAUGAAGGUUGUUAGCAAAUGCAUCAUCUUUUUUCUGCACAUCCAACACAGACCUACUUGUUAUUUAAUUUGGAUGUUGUAAAGAAAAUUGAAGAUAUGUGUUGUUAGAUUGACAAGUUAUUUGUAUUUGUUAUUUUAUCGGCAAGAAGCCAAGAAGUACUAAUGAAAGAUUUUCUGCAUUGUUCAAAUUUAAAUAUAUGACGAGAUUUCCACGUUUA